UGUUUUUAUUUCUUCGCCAACACAUAAUCCUUGUUUUAUACUUCAAGUUAUGACAUUUAUGUACCUAAAUAUAUUGUCAGUCCACUGAGGCUGCAUAAUAAGUUUGCUGGCUUAAUGGAAAAGGAAGACUAUAUAAUAUGUCACGUAGUUAUUAUUUUUCAUCUUUACGUUUCUCAUCAUUCUAAUCAAUAUUCGACUUUCCAAGUUUAAGUUUUAUUCUUUUAGAAUUGAUUUAUUAUUACGAUUAUAAUUAUGAAAUCGUAAUGUUAUAUUGACGAUUUCACAAUGGACAAUUCUAUUUUUCAAAAAUAAAAUAAAAAUAACAAUGGACAAUUCUUCUACCAUAUAAAAUUUUAUAUUAAACGGUUUUAUUUGUAUUGAUCUUGUGCAAGUUUAUUUUAAUUAAUCUCCUUAUAAAUGGUAAUAAAUCACUUGCGAAUUUCAAGCUAUUGUGUGAAAUGUAUUUUAGUGAAUUUUUAUUCAACAACUACAAUAGACCAAGACAGCUUACACAAUUUAAAGAUAUUUAUGUAGGCGCACAUCGAAACAUUUAGGUGCAUGCAUAUAUAUAUGUAUUGUUGUCGUCUUCUUCAUAACAACUCCAUCAAUAUACUUUCUCUCAGUCUUAACUCAAUUUGACCACAAAUUUUCCAUUAAUGAAGAUACGAAUACUUACCCUAAUCAUUCUCCUACAAUGUGUUUUCAACCUUGGCCUACAUUUCCACCCACUCGAUCCCUUAACCCCUCAAGAAAUCAACAAAACAAGCUUCAUCGUCAAGAAAUCUCAUCUAGGCACUCUCAAAGAUCUCACAUUUCACUACCUCGAUCUCGAAGAACCAAACAAGACCCACGUUCUCCAGUGGUUAUCCUCCAAGAAACCACCACAACCACCACGCCGUCGCUCACUCGUGGUGGUUCGAGCCGCUGGUCAAACCUACGAGCUCAUCAUCGACCUAACCUCCGGAAAAAUCGGAUCCUCACGCAUCUACACAGGCCAUGGCUUCCCUUCAUUCACAUUCAUAGAGCUGUUCAAAGCAAGCAAGCUUCCUCUAACAUUCCCUUCCUUCAAGAAAUCGAUUCUUGAUCGAUCCCUAAACAUCUCCGAGGUUUCUUGCAUCCCUUUCUCCGUUGGUUGGUACGAAGAAACCAUCACGAGACGAGAGGUCAAAGCCUCUUGCUUUUACCGAGACGGAUCGGUUAAUGUCUUCACAAGACCCAUCGAAGGAAUCACCAUAACAAUAGACGUUGACUCAAUGAAAGUCGUGAAAUACUCCGACAGAUUCAUAAAGCCUAUCCCUGAUAAAGAAGGCAACGACUUUCGGACCAAACACAAACCGUUCCCGUUCUCUUGCAACGUCUCCGACACAGGGUUCAAGAUUCUAGGCAAUAAAAUAAAAUGGGCUAACUGGAAAUUCCACGUCGGAUUUACCGCUAGAGCGGGGAUAACCAUAUCGACCGCUUCGGUUCUUGACACAAGAACCAAAAGGUUCAGAAGAGUGAUGUACAGAGGACACUUGUCAGAGACUUUUGUUCCGUACAUGGACCCAACAUACGACUGGUACUUCCGUACGUUCAUGGACAUAGGAGAGUUCGGUUUCGGGAGAUCGGCGGUUAACUUGCAGCCACUCAUCGACUGCCCGCAAAACGCCGCGUUUUUGGAUGGAUACGUGGCGGGACCUGAUGGGACAGCUCAACAGAUGAGUAAUGUGAUGUGCGUCUUUGAGAAAAAUGGUUACAGUGCUUCUUUUAGACACACCGAGAUUAAUGUUCCAGGACAAGUGAUAACUAGUGGUGAAGCUGAUAUAAGUUUAGUGGUUAGGAUGGUGGCAACACUCGGAAACUAUGAUUACAUCGUUGAUUGGGAAUUUAAAAAGAAUGGAGCCAUCAGAGUUGGGGUGGAUUUGACUGGAGUUUUGGAAGUCAAAGCAACAUCAUACACUUCGAACGAGCAGAUAACGGAGAACACUUAUGGGACACUAGUGGCUAAAAACACCAUUGCCAUUAACCACGACCAUUACCUGACGUAUUACUUAGAUCUUGACAUUGACGGUAACGGCAAUUCCUUAGUGAAAGCUAAACUAAAAACGGUAAGAGUAACCGACGUUCAUAACAAAACCUCUUCUCCGAGGAAGAGUUAUUGGACGGUCGUGAAAGAGACGGCAAAAACGGAAGCUGACGGAAGAGUUCGGCUGGGCUCAGAACCGGUUGAGCUGCUAAUAGUUAACCCACAAAAGAAGACGAAAAUAGGAAAUACAGUUGGUUACCGGUUGAUACCGGAACAUUUACCGGUAACUUCGCUUUUAACGGACGAUGAUUACCCGGAGAUUAGAGCGUCGUACACAAAAUAUCCGGUUUGGGUAACGGCUUAUAACCGGUCAGAGAAAUGGGCGGGUGGGUUUUACAGCGAUAGGAGCCGUGGAGAUGACGGCUUAGCUGUAUGGAGUAGCAGGAACAGAGAGAUAGAGAACAAAGACAUAGUGAUGUGGUACAAUGUUGGGUUUCAUCACAUUCCAUACCAAGAGGACUUUCCAGUAAUGCCAACUCUUCACGGUGGAUUCACUCUUCGACCUUCUAAUUUCUUCGACAACGAUCCGUUAAUCGCGUAAAUACGUACUAGAAGAAAUAUUUGAUUUCAACUUGUUUACUAUUUGAUUAUUUGUUUUUGUUUUUAAAAGAAGUGGUGUUGAUAAAUCUGAUUUAUGAUUUAAUGUAUUAAUACAAUGAAUUUUAAUGAAUUUAGAAAUUCAAGUAAACUCAUUUUAUUGGAUCAAUAAUUUCUUUUAAAAUUAUCCGCUAGUGAUUUUAAAUAUUAAGUGUCAUUUAUUUUAUAAGUUUAUUUAUUAUAAUGUAUUCUGAAAACUUUUAUGUAAGAAGUAUGGAGACAUAAAUUUGAGAAAAACAUUCAAGUUUCUAAUUAUAAAUUAAAUUUAUAAUAUUUAAAAAUUUAUGUAUAUUAUCAAUAAAAUACGUAAAUGAUAAUUUCAAGCUUCCAGUUUGCAAAAUCUAUUAUUUGAUUAUUUGAAAGAUGUAUUCACCUAAAAUCCAUCGUGCUUUUAAUAUGUGGUCCGAUUAAUUAGUCCGGUUCAUCGCUUAUACCAAAUUUUGAUGGAAAUAGAUCUCCGGUUCAACCGGUCCCAUCAUAUUGACUAGAAUAAAAGUAGAAGAAUCUUAUAUAUUAAAAUAGAAGUCACUACCUUGAUUCAUGUGUGAUUUUUUAAAAAAUAAACCCUUCCUAGAAAGUCCAAAUUCAUUUAUUCCUUAAUAA